UCUCUACUCUUUGCAUUGCUAGCAUGGAUCCCAGAGGAAGGAUCGCCGUGACAACCGUUCUCCUCUGCUUCAUACUGGCCUUGCUCGGUCCAGCUCCAGCUGCCUUGGGUUCCCAGGCGGGCAAAGCCUGUUGCAUGAGCUACAAUAGGAAGCCGGUACCCUUCCAGCGUAUCAGGGGCUACAAAGAACAAACCACCAGGGAGAACUGCCACAUUGAGGCGAUCGUUUUCUACACGGUUAAGAAGAACGCGAUAUGUGCCACACGCAAAGAUAAGUGGGUGAGGAGAAAUCUGGAAUUACUCAGUUUGAAACUGAAGAAGAUGUCCAAGGCUGGCACUGCUUGAGAUAAGACUGAAAAAAGGAGUGAAAAGCGGAUUUUUUGUAAGAACCACGGAAGCCUUCCCGAAAAGAAGAGACCGUUUCUAUCAGCAAAAAUCAAGUUUUGGUCUUUAGAAAUUAAAUCAUUUGAGUUGUAGACAUACAAUUUGAGAGAAUUUUAUACUGGUUUCCAGAAAUUGUACAUACUAAACUAUCUAUUCACGUUGGGGGUAUUAAUUCAUGAAAAAUAAAGUUCUAUUGACUUUUACUGCAUAAACAUAUGCAGUGUGCAUGUAAUCAUGAUCCAAACAGGGACCUGAGAAGAACAACUUUGAGACUGUAGCUUAUGUGCUUGGCCGCUGUUAACAUGAACAUCUCUUUUUCUUGAUGCUUUCUUUUUUAAACUUUGCCAUUUCAUUACCUGGAAUUAGUCUGCUUCGUAAUCAGAACCAUGCUGAAUGCUAUUCUCGCAAACAAAUAAAUCUAUUUCAUAAUGCAACAUUGUUGUUUGCAUUCAUUUCAUUAAACGUUUUUAAUUUAACUCAUUUUUAAUUCAAGGGUUUUUAUCAAAAGUGCAUUAAACCAUAAAUUGGCAUACCUGACUGGAUAAAAAAUGCCAGUCAGACCAGGUGACUCCUUGGAUGAGCCGCUCUCCUCAUCUGAGCUGUCCUGAAGGUGUUUCAAGUCACCACUAGAUGGCAAAAUUGACCUGUAAAAACAACUGAGCCUCCUUCAGCUACAUUUGAUGAGCUAUCGUUG